AUGAAAUAUUUACUUUGUAUUGAUGGCUCUGCCAGCAGCAGAAAGGCAGCAGAGAAAGUAACUUCAAUGAUUUCCAAUGAAGACGCAAUAAUUUUCUUAUCCGUAUUUCCUCCAGUUCCAGAAUCGAGUCAAUUAUGCUCACCAAGUUCAUCAACCUUGAGUAAGAUGGUUUUCGAAAUGUUCUCUGGUGUACCUGAUCUAGUAGAUUCUAAUGAAGAUCAACAAAAUCAAUUGAAGAGAUCCAACAAGAAAAAGACUGAAGCCCUAAAAGAAUUACACUACUAUCAGAAAAUGAAUAUUCCUUGUAAUAAUAUAAAAUAUCUAUUGGUUGGAUCAAAUGAAGUAUCAGAUACAAUCACAAAAGUGGCAGAUAAAUUUGAGGUUGACUGUGUUGUGAUGGGAUCUAGAGGUAUGGGUACUAUUAAAAGGCUAUUAUUAGGAUCUGUAAGCUCUCAAGUUUUACAAAUGUCGAACAGAUCUGUAUUUAUAAUCAGAUAA